AUGGGGAAUAGCCCAUUCCAUGCCGCAUAUGGCUUCCAGCCACCAGCCUUUCCGUCCUCUGAACCAGACUCCACAGUUCCGUCAGUGGCCGCCCACCUCAGGCGGGCACGUGCGGCCUUGCGCAACACCCGGGCCGCCCUCGCAAGAACUUCAGAACAGAACCAACGGGUGGCCAACCGACAUCGCACACCGGCCCCCUGCUAUCAGGUGGGACAAGAGGUGUGGCUAUCCUCCCGUGACCUGCCCCUCGCUGUGGACUCUAGAAAGCUGGGCCCCAGGUUUGUCGGCCCCUAUCCCAUCACAAGAAUCAUCAACAGAGUCACCGUAAAGUUGUGCCUACCGGAUUCCAUGAAAUGUAACCCAGUUUUCCAUGUGUCCCGCAUCAAGCCUGUCACCUCCUGUCCUCUCAGCCUCUCCGAGGUACCUCCCCCUCCUCCCAGGCUGGUCGACGGUCACCCGGCAUUCACGGUCAAGGCCAUUUUGUAUGUGAGAAGAAGGGGCAGGGGUUUCCAGUUUCUGGUCGACUGGGAGGGUUACGGCCCAGAGGAGCGCUCUUGGGUCUCGAGGUCCCUCAUCCUCGACCCACAACUCCUCACUGAUGUUUACAAUCGUUUUCCUGAGAAGCCAGUGUACCGCCCUCCUGGAACCAGGACAGCUGGACGCACCUGUUCCUCAUUAGACCUGGCCCCUACUCAAGCUGAGUGGUGGCAGCUGGGAAUCGCUGGAUCUUUGCGCUCCGUCCUGACGUCCCUGCACGCCACGCUCUCGCUGCCUGAAAUCCUCCUUUCGUCCAGCUGUUCCUGUCUCCCUAGUUUGAGUACUCUUGUUUAG